GAGCAGAGCUCUUGGUCUGGUAUGGGGACGAAUACGCCAGACAUCUGGGAAUCGGAUUUGAUCGACUGUGGAACAACAAGAGCUCUACUAAGGAGGGAAAUCCCAGCUGACACCAGCACAGGCUUUCCCCUGUCCCGAGUGUCCGUACUCCUACACGUCUCAGAUCUUCCUCCACAAACACAUGAAGAGGAGCCAUGGCGACCUGUACGGCCGACUGCUGAGGAGUGGAGAAAUCAAGGUGGAGCCUAGUCUCCUCCCAUACGUCGCAGCCUCCUAUCAAGAACCAAUCGGAGCCUCCCCGGGAACCGUCCAAAGCACGAGCCAGAUUCCAGCAGAAGGAGCCGGACGCCACAGAUGUGAGAAGUGCAGUAAAACCUUUAGUCGCUCUGAUAGUCUGAAGAGACACCAGCGCAUCCACACGGGAGAGAAACCAUACCACUGUAAACAGUGUGGGGAAACAUUUAGUCUAUCUGGUGAACUGAAGAGACACCAGCGCAUCCACACAGGAGAGAAACCAUACCAAUGUAAACAGUGUGGGAAAACAUUUAGACAGUCUGGUCAUCUGACUGUACACCAGUGCAUCCACACAGGAGAGAAACCAUACCAAUGUAAACAGUGUGGGAAAACAUUUAGUCAGUCUGGUGAUCUGAAGAAACACCAGCGCAUCCACACGGGACGCAUCCACACAGGAGAGAAACCAUACCACUGUAAACAGUGUGGGAAAACGUUUAGUAGAUCUGAUACUCUGAAGGAACACCAACGCAUCCACACAGGAGAGAAACCAUACCACUGUAAACAGUGUGGGAAAACAUUUAGUCAAUCUGGUCGUCUCAAGCGUCACACACAACUUCACAGAGGAGUCUCCACCCAAACAACCAUGUGAAGAAACUAAAUGGUUCCCAGACAUCUGUUAUUCAGAUCUAAUCGAACAUGGUCCUUGCUGUUUAUGUUAAAAGGGCACAUGAACGGUUAAUUGUUUAUCUUAUCAACUUUAUGUAUUUAUUUAUAUUCAUGUCUGUAUGAGUGAAGGUUUUUACCCGAAAAAUAGUUUGAGAGAGAUAAUGUUAACUGAAUUAUUCUCUGACGUCAUUGUUAUAUUUAUUACAUUUGUAUGUAUUUAUUUAUUUAUCCUGUAGAAAUUCAAAUAAAAUCAGAU